AUGCCACAUUCAGAGCAAGAUGGCCCUCUGGCCAAGCGCCAGAAGCUCGCUGUGGCCCCAGCCUCCAAGGCUCAGGGCCAGCAGUCGAGAAUCUUCGCUCCCUACAGGACGAUAGGCCUAGUCUCCCCGACCAACGUCCCGUUCACAACCGUUCCCCUUGGAAAGACGACUUUCCAGCUGACGACCUCCGUUGGCCGCUCGCUGCAGACCUACGACUUACGCCGGGGUCUCAACCUGGUCUUCAUCACCAGACCGCAGACACCCUUCGACAUUACCGCCACAUGCGCGUGGAGGCAGAAGGUCUUCGCCGCCUGGGGCGAUCCGCAGCAAGGCGAGGCGCAGGGUAUAUGGGUAUUCCAGCGCGGCAAGAAGCUUGCCGAGCUAGAAUUGCCUCUUGAUCUACAUGAACCGAUCAAGCAAGUCAUAGUGUCAGGGUCAUGGAUCAUAGCCUGCUGCGUUACGAGGAUAGAAGUAUGGAAGACGGAAAGUCUAGAGCACUAUACCUCCCUCUUCACCAUGGCUGGAAAGAAGGGCGACAACGAGCUGACGGGAGGAAUAUGCACCAUGCCGACAUAUCUCAACAAGAUCUUUGCAGGUCGCCGGGAUGGCUGGGUAGAGAUCUGGAAUGUCUCCACGGGCAAGCUGAUCUACACCAUUCUGCCCCCGUCCCCAGAGUGCGGUGCCGUGACGUGUCUACAACCUUCGCCUGCCCUGUCGCUCAUGGCUGUUGCCUACUCGAACGGCCCAUUGGUCAUUCACAAUGUCUUGACUGACCGACCAGUCAUCCAAGUCAUGGCAGGGUCCGAUGAUGCACCUGUUACGGCCAUCAGCUUCCGCACCGACGGUCAAGGUGCCGGCCACGAUGGGCGAGAGGACGGUGUCAUGGCUACGGCAACCGAGUCUAGCGGGGACAUCACUUUCUGGGAUUUGAACAAAGGAGGCAGAGUUAUGGGUGUUCUCCGGAGUGCCCACAACCCGCCAUCUCGAUCUGGCCCUACCGUCCGUGGAGGAGUGAGCAAGAUCGAGUUCUUGGCAGGGCAGCCGGUAAUCGUCACGAGCGGGCGAGAUAACUCGCUGAAAUCCUGGAUCUUCGACGAGACGCCUUUCUCCCCGAUACCACGCAUCCUGCACUCUAGGAGCGGACACGCCGCACCGGUGUCUUCUUUGCAGUUCUUGCCGUCCGACUUUGAUGGUGCCGACGCCGGUAACAAGUGGCUGCUCAGUGCUGGUCAGGAUCGUAGCCUAUGGGGAUGGAGUCUUCGGCGCGAUGGCCAGAGCACAGAGCUGAGCCAGGGCAGCAUUCGCAAGAAGGCAAAGAAAUACGGUAUUCUGGACAACAAUGCCCUAAAGCACGGCCCGACUACUUCGCUGGAUGAUCUCAAGGCCCCCGAGAUCACAUGCAUAGCUUGCUCCUUGAACAGAGAUGGCGGCAUGGGCGCUAUGCCCGGAAAGCAGGCCCUCUGGCAGAAGUCGCAGAAUCGGAAGAAGGCGGCAGAUGCAGAGAUUAGUGGCAUGACGGGAUGGGAAAGCGUGGUCACUGCGCACAAGAACGAUUCGUACGCCCGUACAUGGUUUUGGGGUCGUAAGAGAGCGGGCAGAUGGGCUUUCCCGACAAGCGAUGGCACGCAUGUGUCCACUGUCGCAAUGAGUCCGUGUGGAAGCUUUGCUGUAGUAGGCUCUAGUGGUGGCGGUAUUGACAUGUUCAAUCUGCAGUCUGGGCUGCAUCGCCAAAGAUACCCUUCAACCCUGUCACCAGCUCAAGCACGCCAAGCCAAGCUGCAGCAACUGAGGCAAGCCGACAAUGUCAUGCAACUCGAAGCUCGAUCGACCACAGGUUUCGCCCCGGGGGUGGGCAAGCACACAAAGGCAGUGACCGGCAUCGUUGUCGACUCCAUGAACAAGUACAUCAUCAGCUGUGGCCUGGAUGGCAAAAUCAAGUUCUGGGAGUUCCUGACUGGCCGCUUGUUGGAAGAAAUCAGCUGGGCACCGAUGACGGCCAUCACAGGCUGCCGGUAUCACGCCGCUAACGACCUCAUCGCAUUUUCUUGCGAUGAUCAUUCCAUUCGGGUAGUCGACAUUGAGACAAAACAGACCAUUCGAGAGUUCUGGGGUUGCGAAGGCAAAAUCAACGACUUCACAUUUUCCAAUGACGGGCGAUGGAUUGUGGCGGCAGCUCAAGAUUCAGUCAUCCGUGUGUGGGACUUGCCGACGAGUCACCUGAUUGAUGCCAUUCGGCUUGAGAAGCCAUGCACGGCUCUAGCUUUCUCGGUCACUGGAGAGUAUCUUGCCGCAGCAGGUGAAGGUCAACUAGGUGUCAAUAUCUGGACAAACAAGACCCUAUUUACCCAUGUACCUACGAGGCAGAUAUCUGAGAAGGAGGUUGGACGCAUGUCAGGUCCCACAACCUCGGGAGAAGGUGGACAAGGACUCAUUGAAGCUGCCUUUGAAGAUGAAGCUCCUGCAGAUGACGAUACUGUGGCUGCUCCUUCUAUUGAGCAACUCAGCACCGACAUGAUGACCCUCAGUCUGGUUCCGCGCAGCAGAUGGCAGACGCUGCUGCAUCUCGACCUCAUCAAGCAAAGAAACAAGCCCACCGAGGCGCCAAAGCUGCCCGAGAAGGCACCAUUCUUCCUACCUUCAACGACCAACUCGUCAUUGGCGAAGGCAGACGAACUCACCAUGGCGGUUACACAAGAGAACCAAAACCAGUCAAAGAUCACCAGAUUCGACCGGUCAUCUCGGAGCGAAGAGGCUUUCACCAGCAAGCUUCGUGAUGGUGCUGAGAGCGGAAAUUAUGAUGAGUUUAUUGAGCACCUCAAGUCUUUGUCCCCAUCCAGCGCCGACCUCGAACUGCGGUCAUUGACUGCGAACGAUGUGGAUGGUAAUGCCAACGAGCUACUUCAAUUCGUCCGUGCCCUCACAAGCCGCCUCGUCGCGCGACGGGAUUAUGAGCUGACACAGGCCUGGAUGACGGUUUUCCUUCGGUUGCAUUUUGACAUGGUCAUGGAGAGUGAUACCCUGAUGGCAGCGUUGCAGGAGUGGAAGAAGCAUCAAGCGGAAGAGUGCAGCAGGUUGGAUAAUCUUGUGGGCUACUGUAGCGGUGUUGUUGGGUUCCUUAGAAGCCCGCGCACUUAG